GGUAAACUCCACCAUGGCGGCGAGAGGCCAUGUGCAAGACCCCAACGACAGGCGGCUCAGACCAAUAUACGAUUAUCUUGAUAAUGGCAACAAUAAGAUGGCGAUACAGCAGGCGGAUAAACUGCUGAAGAAACAUAAAGAUCUGCAUUGUGCCAAGGUCCUAAAGGCCAUCGGUCUUCAGAGGACCGGGAAGCAGGAUGAAGCUUUCUCUUUGGCCCAGGAAGUGACGACUCUGGAGCCCACCGAUGACAACUCGUUACAGGCUCUGACCAUCCUGUACAGAGAGAUGCAUCGCCCGGAGCUGGUCACCAAACUGUACGAAGCUGCGGUGAAGAAGGUUCCUCUCAGCGAGGAGUAUCACUCUCACCUGUUCAUGGCCUACGCUCGAGUGGGAGAGUACAAGAAGAUGCAGCAGGCAGGAAUGGCUUUGUAUAAAAUCGUCCCCAAGAAUCCGUAUUACUUCUGGUCUGUCAUGAGUCUGGUGAUGCAGGCCGUCUCCGCACAAGAUGAAAAACUGGCCCAGACGAUGUUUCUUCCUCUGGCUGAACGCAUGGUGGAGAAAAUGGUCAAAGAGGAGAAGAUAGAAGCAGAAGCAGAGGUGCAGCUGUAUUAUAUGAUCCUGGAGCGUUUGGGGAAGUGUGUCGAGGCUCUGGAUGUGAUCAGAGGUCCACUCGGAGAGAAGCUGACCAGCGAGCUGCAGAGCCGAGAAAACAAAUGUAUGAUGCUUUAUCAGCGGCUGCAGCGCUGGCCCGAGUUGCAACGCUCUGGCUCACAAGCUGCUGCUCAAAAAA